AUGUCGACCGAAAGCAAAAUCGAAAUUGAUCAACCUAAAAUUGACGAGGGUCUUUACUCUCGUCAGUUGUACGUGUUGGGUAAAGAAGCGAUGCUCAGAAUGCAAAAGUCUAGUGUUUUGAUCAUCGGGUUGAAAGGAUUGGGUAUUGAAAUAGCUAAGAACGUUGCCCUAGCCGGUGUCAAGUCGUUGUCUUUAUAUGAUCCAAGUGAAGUGGAGCUUGGUGACUUGUCUAGUCAGUUUUUCUUGACUGCUGAAGAUAUUGGCAAGCCAAGAGCAUCUGCCUCUAAAGAACCAUUAUCACAGUUGAAUCAAUAUGUUCCUAUUUCCAUCAUUGAUGAUUUAGAGGAAUCCAAAUUAAGAAGCUUUCAAGUGAUCAUUGUGACCAGUGGAUUGCUAUCCUUAGAGAAGCAAAUUGCUCUUAACAAAUUUACACACAAGAAUAAUAUCAAAUAUAUUUCUGCUGAUUCCAGAGGUUUAUUUGCGCAAGCUUUUGUCGACUUUGGUGACGAGUUCACUAUCAUUGACAAAAACGGCGAAGAACCUUUGAGUAGUAUGGUGACUGACAUCGAAACUGAUGGUACCGUCACAACCUUGGGUGAUGAAAGACAUGGCUUGGAAGAUGGAAGAUAUGUCAAGUUUUCAGAAGUUAAAGGUUCAGAAGAAAUUGCUUUCUUAAACGAAGGUGAAGCGUAUAAGGUCGAGGUUUUGGGCCCAUUUGCUUUCAAGAUUGACGUAGGUAAAAAAUUGAAUGGUUACGAAUCGGGAGGUGUUUUUACAGAAGUAAAAGUGCCUACUGCUAUGAAAUUUGAACCAUUGGCCACCCAAUUGGCUAACCCAGAAUACUUGAUAACUGAUUUUGCUAAGUUCGAUAGACCAAGUCAAUUACAUUUGGGUUUCCAAGCAUUAUAUAAAUUCCAAGAAAUUCAUGAUGGGAAAUUACCACGUCCAUUGAAUAAAUCUGAUGCCAAAGAAUUGGUCAAGUACACCAAGGAGUUGGCCACCAAGAAUCCAGACGUCUUGGGUGAUGCGGAAGUUGAUGAAGAAUUGAUUAGCGAAUUGGCAUAUCAAGCUACUGGUGAUAUCCCAGGUAUCAAUGCCUUUUUGGGUGGUAUGAUUGCUCAGGAAGCUUUGAAGGCUAUAUCUGGCAAGUUCACCCCAAUUAAACAGUUCCUCUACUUUGAUUCUUUGGAAUCAUUGCCAGAUGCAGAAGAAUAUCCAAGAACGGAAGAAACUACGAAAGCCAUAAAAUCCAGAUAUGACCCCCAAAUUGCUGUGUUUGGGUUGAAGUUCCAACAAAAGAUUGCUAAUUUGAAGGUAUUCCUUGUUGGUGCAGGUGCUAUUGGGUGUGAGAUGCUUAAAAACUGGGCAUUGCAAGGUUUAGGAUCCGGUCCAGAAGGUAAAAUUAUUGUUACUGACAAUGAUUCUAUUGAAAAAUCAAACUUGAAUAGACAAUUCUUAUUUAGACCAAAGGACGUGGGGUCUGAAAAGUCAAAAGCCGCCGCUAAAGCUGUUACUGCUAUGAAUCCAGACUUGGAAGAUAAAAUUGUUAGCUUGAUCGAUAAAGUUGGUCCAGAAACUGAACACAUUUUCAAUGAUGAUUUUUGGAAUGGUUUGGACUUGGUUACAAAUGCUUUGGACAACGUUGAAGCAAGAACGUAUGUUGACAGAAAGUGUGUGUUUUACAAGAAACCAUUGUUGGAAAGUGGUACCUUGGGUACUAAGGGUAACACCCAGGUUGUGGUUCCAAGAUUGACAGAAAGUUAUUCUUCUUCUCAAGAUCCUCCAGAGAAGGGUAUUCCAUUGUGUACAUUGAGAUCUUUCCCAAGUAAGAUUGAUCAUACUAUUGCAUGGGCAAAGAGUUUAUUCCAAGAUCUCUUUACUGAAGCACCAGAAAAUGUUAACAUGUAUUUGACUCAAGCGAAUUUUGUGGAAGCUACUUUGAAGCAGAGUGGUGAUAUUAGAGGUAUCUUAGAAUCUAUCAGCUCCAAUUUAAAUGAAAGACCAGUGUCAUUUGAUGACUGUAUUAAAUGGGCCAGACUUGAAUUUGAAAAGAAAUUCAACCACGACAUCGAACAGUUAUUGUACAAUUUCCCAAAAGACUCCUUGACUUCAAGCGGAGAACCUUUCUGGUCUGGUACUAAGAGAUGCCCAUCUCCUCUCAAGUAUGACAUCAAUAAUGAGGAACACUUCAAUUUUGUUGUCGCAGGUGCUAACUUGAGAGCCUUUAAUUUUGGUCUCAACGGUGAUUCAGGUGUUCCAGAUAAACAAAAAUACGCCAGUGUUAUUCUUGCAUGCGAAGAGAAAAUCGAACCAUUCUCUCCCAAAUCUGAUAUGAAGAUCGCUGCGAAUGAUGAUGAAUUAAAAUCUAUGACUGAAGCCGGUGGCCAUGAUGCUGAUGAAUUGAAGAAAUUAUCUGACAGUUUGCCAUCCCCAUCUAGCUUGGCAGGUUUCAGAUUGAGCCCAGUAGAAUUCGAAAAGGAUGAUGACACCAAUCAUCAUAUUGAAUUCAUUACUGCUUGUUCCAACUGUAGAGCUUUGAACUACAGCAUUAAUACCGUUGAUAGAACUAGAACUAAGUUUAUUGCCGGCAGAAUUAUCCCAGCUAUUGCAACCACCACUGCGUUGGUUACUGGAUUGGUGCAAUUGGAAUUAUACAAGAUAAUUCUUCCAGAAAAGAAAUUGGAUGAUUUCAAGAACGGAUUCAUUAACUUGGCUUUACCAUUCUUUGGUUUCUCUGAACCAAUCGCUUCUCCAAAGGGUAAGUACAAUGACACAGAAUUCGACAAAAUUUGGGACAGAUUUGAUAUUGAAAAUAAGGACAUCACUUUGCAAGAAUUGCUUGACCAAUUUGAAACCAAAGAGAAGUUGGAAAUUUCUAUGAUUUCAUAUGACACUUGCUUGUUGUACGCUUCGUUUUUCCCACCAAAGAAGUUGAAGGAAAGAAGCACCAUGACUUUGCCAGAAGUUUACAAACUUGUGUCCGGUAAAGAAGUCCCAAGUGAUAAGAAGACAAUGAUCUUAGAGCUUUGUGCCGAUGACGAAAGUGGUGAAGAUGUGGAAGUUCCGUUUGUUACUAUCCAUUUGGCAUGA